CUCUUUCUCUCUCUUUCUAUCCCGUCUUUCCUUCUUUGCCUCUCUCCCGGUCUGUCCGCUGCUGAUCUCUAUGGAGCCGGCCUUGCGGAGCGGGUCCCCGGGCCGGGCUGCAGCCGAUCCGAGUCCCCUCUCCCCCAGGAAGAAGCCGAGAACGCCAAGCCCGCAAUAUGCAACAACCAUUGCAGUCUCAUCGCGGGCACUAUUUAACAUGGAGGAGGAGACAAAGAUCUUCCAGAAGGACGGGGUCGAAGCUUAUGUCAAACACCAAGUUGAACAUGAGAAUGAGCCUUUUGCACCAGGUGCUGCCUUCCCCUUUGUCAAGGCUGUGGAGGCUGUUAAUGAGCAGCUGAGGGACCUGUAUCCAGCCAGUGAUGAGCUCUUUGAUAUCGUUCUAGUAACCAACAAUCAUGCCCAAGUUGGUGUGCGGCUUAUCAACAGCAUCAACCACUAUGGACUGUCAGUUGAAAGAUUCUGCAUGACUGGUGGGAAGAGUCCAGUUGAGUAUUUGAAAGCUUAUCACACCAACCUUUACCUAUCAGCUGAUUCAGAGAAAGUGCAAGAUGCUAUUGAGCAAGGGAUUGCCGCAGCUACGAUCUUCAGUCCCAAUAAAGACAUCAAUAUCUCAGAGAGGCAGCUGAGGGUGGCUUUUGAUGGAGAUGCUGUACUUUUCUCAGAUGAAUCUGAACAGAUCGUCAAGCAACUUGGAUUAGAUAAAUUUUUCGAACAUGAGCAGACUAAUGAAAACAAACCAUUAGCCAUGGGGCCCCUCAAGGGAUUUUUGGAAUCGCUGGGAAAGUUACAGAAGAAGUUUUACAUGAAAGGUCAGCGUUUGAAGUGUCCAAUCCGGACUUACUUGGUAACAGCUCGGAGUGCUGCCAGCUCAGGGGCCCGGGCUCUGAAGACCCUGCGGAGCUGGGGUUUGGAGACGGAUGAAGCUCUGUUCCUGGCUGGAGCUCCCAAAGGGCCACUCCUGCAGAAAAUCCGGCCACAUAUUUUCUUUGAUGAUCAAAUGUUUCAUGUGGAAGGUGCGAAGGAGAUGGGCACAAUUGCAGCUCAUGUUCCUUAUGGAGUUAGUCAGAGAUGCAGGAAGAUGGUGGAGAAGGAGAGGAAGGAGGAUUAGCUGGAACUGCCAAUGUGUGCAAAGGCUGAGAUUUUCUCGAAUGCUGGGAUCCAAGAACCCAGACACUGGAAAGUUCCUGCAAAAUUUCCCACUUACCCAGAUUUCUUUGUUGCUUUUCCUGCUGUUAUUGUGCUGCCAACUCCUCACAGGGACAUAGUAAGACCCCUCCCCUCUCGUGUUAUUUGAGAAAGCAGGACUCAGAGUAACAGCCCCUUGUCCACCCAGGGCUCUGAAACGCUAUAUAUGUGGAGACCAUGGAAAGAACAUGUUGGAAAACUGUGGCCAUGAGGAGAUUGAAGUCUGGUUCAGACAAACAGCUGCAGUUUAAUAUGAAAAUGAGCUGAGAUUAGGGUUAUCUCAAUGUAGGAUUGAGGAGUGAAGUGAAUUUUAGUUGUGUGUCUGAAUACCUAAACACAGAAGCUGCUCUACUACUGCCAGCAGUUUAUUAAUCCUGUAACAAUACCACCCUAGGGCUCAAUCCCACCUUCUCCCCAUAUCCC